AUGUCUCAGGAUUGGAAUGGAUCAGUAUCAACAGAACUGCCGCCUGGGGGAAUCAUUGUCCCCGUGGUCUUUUCCUUGAUAUUUGCUCUGGGCACAGUGGGGAAUGGUUUAGUUUUGGUUGUACUGCUGAGAAAUGGCCAAACCAAGUACAACACCACAAACCUCUUCAUUUUAAACCUGGGGGUGGCAGACUUAUGCUUCAUACUACUAUGUGUCCCAUUUCAAGCGACUAUAUACACCUUGGAUGGAUGGUUAUUUGGGGCAUUCCUCUGCAAAGCUGUUCACUUCUCCAUAUAUCUGUCCAUGUACGCCAGUAGUUUCACAUUGGCUGCCGUCUCAGUUGACAGAUAUCUGGCCAUACGCUAUCCACUUAAAUCACGAGACCUCCGCACAGCUAGAAAUGCCCUGGCAGCCAUUGCGGUUAUAUGGGCCCUUUCUAUCUUGUUUGCAGGGCCUUACCUGAGCUACUACCACAUCAUUUUCUAUAAUCAAGUGCCCAUCUGUAUUCCCAACUGGGAAGAUCGUAAGAGGAAGAUCAUGGAUGUAUCAACCUUUGUCUUUGGAUAUCUUCUACCAGUACUUAUUCUUGGAUUGUCCUAUGCUAGAACCAUCUGCUUUCUGUGGACCUCAGUGGAUCCUGUGAAGACUGUAUCUGAAUCUCGAAAAGCAAAACACAAAGUGACCAAAAUGAUAGUGAUAGUAGCUGUGCUCUUUUGCAUCUGUUGGCUGCCUCAUCACUUGGUGAUCCUAUGCUUCUGGUUUGGACACUUUCCCUUCAACAGGGCUACGUAUGCCUUCCGCCUUGUGUCCCAUUGCAUGUCCUAUGCUAACUCAUGCCUCAAUCCUAUUGUUUAUGCUCUUAUAUCCAAGCACUUUCGCAAAAGGUUCAAGCAAGUUUUCACGUGUAUGCUCACUCAGAAGCGGGCACGCAAUAAAGUCCACGCAGUGCAGGCUGCAAACACAGUAGCUGGUUUUUAUGCUGGACAUACAGAGGUUACCCAAGUUCAAGAGGAAACUGCUCGUGGUGGAAGAGCAGCAAGAGAAGAAGGUAUUGAGAUUGGCAGCCCAGAAGAAUCUUCUAGCCGCAAAAUGGUUGGAGGAAGUUGGGGGACACGAUUACCCAAGACCACUGGAUUUACAACACAGGCGACAUAA